CUCCCCAAAUCCAUUUCUCUCCCCCAUUUUCUUUUCAUUAUACACGAUUUUCUCUCUCCAGUCCCUGAAAUCUGAAAUCUCAAAAGCCUAAAAAGCUAGAGCGAGAAACAACACAGCAAUUAUUCACUUUUUUUUUUCGAGUCUUUCUUCUCUCUCUUCUCUCUAUAUUGACAGCUCUGCAACCUAUAUUCAUCUCCAUGCCUGUUUUUCAUCAUCUCUCGCUCUCUCUCUAACCUCACACCACCAUCAUCACAAGCAGAUCAGUGCCCACUUUGAAAUUUAUAGACACCAGAAGUUGGGGUUUGUCCCUGUUCAAAGAAACACUUAUAAAGAAGGGUUCGGACGAUGUCUAGCUCUGGGAAAGUUCUAGAUCCUGCAUUUCAGGGAGUUGGUCAGAGAGUUGGGACCGAAAUAUGGAGAAUUGAGAACUUUCAGCCAGUUCCUUUGCCAAAGUCCGAUUAUGGUAAAUUCUACACGGGGGACUCUUACAUUGUCCUGCAGACAUCUCCUGGGAAGGGAGGAGCUUAUCUGUAUGAUAUCCACUUUUGGAUUGGAAAAGAUACAAGUCAGGAUGAAUCUGGAACAGCAGCUAUAAAAACUGUUGAGCUUGAUACUGUUCUUGGAGGGCGUGCAGUACAACACAGAGAACUUCAAGGCUACGAGUCUGACAAAUUUUUGUCAUACUUUAAACCAUGUAUCAUACCUCUAGAAGGGGGUAUUGCAUCUGGAUUUAAGAAACCAGAAGAAGAAGUGUUUGAGACACGGUUAUAUGUUUGCAAAGGGAAACGGGUUGUCAGAUUGAAGCAGGUCCCCUUUGCUCGGUCUUCACUAAAUCACGAUGAUGUGUUUAUCCUGGACACAGAAAAUAAAAUUUAUCAGUUCAACGGUGCAAAUUCCAAUAUCCAGGAAAGAGCCAAGGCUUUGGAAGUAAUUCAGUUUUUCAAGGAUAAGUAUCAUGAGGGAAAGUGUGAUGUUGCAAUUGUUGAUGAUGGAAAGCUGGUUGCUGAGUCUGACUCAGGUGAAUUCUGGGUCCUGUUUGGUGGUUUUGCUCCCAUUGGCAAAAAGGUUGCCACUGAAGAUGAUGUUAUUCCAGAAACUACCCCUGGUAAACUUUAUAGCAUUACGGAUGGUCAGGUGAAUGCUAUUGAAGGUGAACUUUCCAAAGCUAUGUUGGAGAACAACAAAUGCUAUUUGCUGGACUGUGGUGCUGAGGUAUUUGUUUGGGUUGGCCGUGUAACACAGGUCGAGGAUAGAAAAGCUGCCAGCCAAGCUGCUGAGGAAUUUGUUUCUAGCCAAAAUAGACCAAAGGCAACUCGUAUAACCCGGGUUAUUCAAGGGUAUGAGACACAUUCAUUCAAGUCCAACUUUGAUUCUUGGCCAUCAGGAUCAGCAGCAGGUGGUGCUGAGGAGGGAAGAGGAAAAGUAGCAGCUUUACUGAAGCAACAAGGUGUUGGCGUCAAAGGCAUGUCAAAAGGUUCUCCUGUAAAUGAGGAAGUCCCACCUUUGCUUGAAGCAGGUGGAAAAAUUGAGGUUUGGCGUAUCAAUGGCAGUGCCAAGACUCCAGUGCUGAAAGAAGAUAUUGGUAAAUUUUAUAGUGGAGAUUGCUACAUUGUUCUUUAUACCUACCACUCAGGUGACAAAAAAGAAGAAUACUUCUUGUGCUGUUGGAUUGGAAAUGAGAGCAUUGAGGAAGACCAAAAUAUGGCUGCACGGCUGGCUAAUACCAUGUUCAACUCACUAAAGGGAAGGCCUGUUCAGGGUCGUAUAUUUCAAGGAAAAGAGCCACCACAGUUUGUUGCCAUCUUUCAGCCUAUGGUGGUCUUAAAGGGUGGAAUGAGCUCCGGUUACAAAAAAUCCAUAGCAGAUAAAGGUCUGAACGAUGAAACCUACUCUGCCGAUUGUAUUGCUCUCCUUCGGAUAUCUGGAACUUCUGUGCAUAACAACAAAGUAGUGCAAGUUGAUGCGGCAGCAACCUCGUUAAACUCGAAUGAGUGUUUCCUUCUGCAAUCUGGUUCUUCAAUUUUCACUUGGCAUGGAAAUCAGAGUACCUUUGAGCAGCAGCAGUUAGCUGCAAAGGUUGCAGAUUUUUUGAAGCCAGGAGUAACUCUGAAACAUGCUAAAGAAGGAACUGAGAGCUCGGCCUUUUGGUUUGCGCUUGGAGGAAAACAGAAUUACACAAGCAAAAAAGUGUCCCAGGAGAUUGUUAGAGAUCCCCACUUAUUCACAUUCUCAUUCAACAAAGGGAAGUUUGAGGUUGAGGAAAUCUACAACUUUAAUCAAGAUGAUCUGUUGACUGAGGAUAUCUUGAUACUUGAUACACACGCUGAAGUUUUUGUUUGGGUUGGUCAGACUGUAGAUCCCAAAGAAAAGCAGAGUGCUUUUGAAAUCGGUCAGAAAUACAUUGAGGUUGCUGCAUCUCUGGAGGGGUUGGCUCUAAAUGUACCAUUAUACAGGGUUACAGAAGGAAAUGAACCAUGCUUCUUCACUAUAUACUUUUCUUGGGAUUCCACAAAAGCUACUGUUCAAGGAAAUUCAUUUCAGAAGAAGGUCUUCUUACUCUUUGGUGCAGGCCAUGCUGCAGAGACCCAAGAUAGGUCUAAUGGAUCGAAUCAAGGGGGCCCAACUCAACGAGCUUCAGCUAUGGCUGCUUUAACCUCUGCAUUUAAGCCUUCCUCUGGAAACAGGACUACUGCACCAAGGCCAUCUGGCAGAGGUCAGGGAUCAUCACAGAGAGCAGCUGCAGUAGCUGCUCUCUCAUCCGUUCUUACUGCUGAAACUAAGAAGCGGUCACCCGAUGCCUCUCCUUCUCGAUCCAGUAGAAGUCCUCCUCCCCCGGAGAGUAGCCCUUCUGCUGCAAUAAAGAGUGAAAUGGCUGUUUCUGAAACUGAGGAUUCUCAAGGAGUAUCAGAUGCCAACGAGAAUGAGGGAGCUGCAGCUGUACCAGAAAGCAAUGGAGAGGAUUCAGCACCAAAGCGGGAAGAGCAGCAGGACGACAUUGGCACUGAAGCUGGUCAAAGUACAUUCAGUUAUGAUCAACUCAAGGCUAAAUCUGAAAAUCCUGUAACUGGCAUUGAUUUUAAAAGAAGAGAGGCCUAUCUGUCAGAUGAGGAGUUCCAGACCGUACUGGGGAUGACCAAAGACGCAUUCUAUAAAUUGCCCAAAUGGAAGCAAGACAUGACAAAGAAGAAAGUCGAUCUUUUCUAGAAAACCAGAAAAGUGAUUUCCUUGCUUCUUCGCCUGCACCCUUCUAACUUUCAAAAAAGAAAAAAAAAAAAAUAUGCCUCAUUUCUCUUGAUCUUCUCUGUUAUAAAAAAAAAAAGUGCUUUAUUGGAACACCAUGCCUGGCUUGCUAUAUCUUCAAGCAUUUUUCGAUUUGCCCGUAUCGAUGAAAGUAGCUGUUGUUAGUUCUGGUAUUUGAUUAUGUGAUGAUGCCCGCCUGAAGAGUGAAUUUUUUUUAUGCUCCUCUUUUUAACUGCUGCUGCCUCUUCUUGAUGACAGAUCUCUAGUUUUAAAAAAGACAGCAAGCAGAUCAAAUUCUUUUAUUCUGUGGUAUGUAUUUCAUUUUGUGGUUAUUAUUGGACUCCUUCAAUGAUUAUUUUUUUUUCCCUUCUCUCUGUUAAUUUUAAUUUUUGUGGGGGUCAAAGAAGGAUUAUUGUGUAUAUGUAUUUGCAUUUGUACUCAAUUCCAAUUAUAAGGAAUGCAGACUUCUUUGUUGUUUGUCAACAAAUGCUUCAGUUU